CGGCGUUCGUUACUAUCGACUUCAUAGAACAAGAACAAGCUUAUAACUUCUGAUAUAGUUAACUUUUAGACCAUAAUUAACUAAUUUAAUUGUACAAGUUCGUGUUAUUUACAUUUUGCUUUUUAAAAUUCCUUAUGGCAAGCGAGGUAAUAGACAUCGACUCCCUUCAUGUGGAUUUACGAAAACGGUUGGACUUGCUUGGUUUUAACCAUCCACUGCCAAUUGGUGCUAUCGGAAUCGUCUCUGCAAUCUUGGAUGAUUUGAUCAAAACGGCUGAAAAACUUAAGUUUGCCAAGCAACAUAUCAAUGAAUUAAACCAGGAAAAAUCCGCCUGGGAAUUAGGGGUAGAACCGUAUAAGUGCGACAACUCACGUCUUCUGGCUGAAUGUAACGAAUUGCAUUUAGAAAUAGUAAAACAACGGGACAAGUUUGUGCUCUUAAAUACAGAUUUGAAGUGUCGGAUCAGAAAUUUGCAGACCGAAAAGAAACAACUUGAGGAACGGUGCCUACAGGCGGAUGCUCGUAUCCGAGAACUGCAAUGUGAUAGUGGCAAAUCUCGGAAGGAUGGUGUGAAUAUGCGUAUGUAA